AUGGUCAGCGACAACGAAACAGAUCCACUACUCGGAGAUAGAGGUGCGAGGCCAUCCCGCCCACACGGCCUUGCUCAAUACCUACGCGAAGAGCUUGACACCCACUAUGGCGAUUUACUUCUCCUUGCCUGUUACGUUAUAACUGGGCUACUGGAUAGCUCGGCUGUCUUUAUUUGGGGCAGUUUUGUCUCCAUGCAAACUGGCAAUACUGUAUAUUUCGGUCUCGGUCUAGUUGGCACAGAAGACGACCGAUGGAUUAAAUCAGGUGUUUCAAUCUGCGGAUUUUGUCUCGGCUCUUUAUUUUUCUCAACUUUUCAUCGGACUUUCUCCCCGCGGAAAAGAUGGGUAUUGACCACUUCGUUCAUCAUACAAUUACUCUGCAUCACGGUCGCUGCUACAAUCGUUACUGUCUUUCGUCCUGUCCCAGGUGCAGAUCUGAGCUGGCUUGUUCUCGUACCUAUUGCUUUGGUCGCGUUCCAGAGUAGUGGGCAAGCGGUUGCUAGUCGGGCUUUGAAAUUCAAUAGCCUUACCAGUGUUGUUUUGACAAGUAUAUACUGUGAUUUAUUCUCUCAUGAGGAUUUCUUGUCGCUGAAGGUAUUUCGGAAUAGUGAGGAGUUGCGUCGGCUGGGGGCUGUAAUAUGUCUCAUUAUCGGCGUUGUUUUGGGAGGACUCUGGGCACAUAGCUCUGUUGGGAUGAUGGGUGCGCUUUGGACAGCAGCCAUUUUGAAGACGUUCAUUGUGCUGGCUUGGUUGGGAUGGGAGAAAAAGCAGGAUUAA